GUUCACCACACCGUUGCAUUUAACCGCAGUGCCUGUCGUUCCAGCGCCGUUGUCUGACUGAUUGUGAUAAUACUACACACACUAACAAAUUUGUACACACUUAGUUGUAACUGCAUAUCUGUCAUAUUUUCACACACAUUUGUACACCGACACAAUAGAUAAAUAAUUAUCUCAUCGAUAUCUAUAGACAAAUGCAUACUGCCGUCAAACGUCCGCUUACCAUUAUUGUUAAUAAGUUACAAGUGUGUCCAGUGUCCGUCUCCGUUGUAGUUCCUCCAACGUUCUAAAGUUUUCGCGUGUUCUUAUAUUUUCAUUCGGGUCUUAUUUUUCUAUCUCACUUAAUAUUCAUUUAUUUUGAUUUCUUGUUAUUAACAGUGAAAAAAUUGUUGUACCUGUGUUUUAAUUUAUUUACUCACGUUAUCACUUUUAACCGAUAGUGUCUAUUCGAAAUGAUCGAUGUACAAAUUACCUCUCAUUAUGUGUUGGUUUCGCGAUAACUGUUUGAAUACUUUCGUUUGAUCCAAUCAUCUAAAAAAUUGAUAUGGAUUCAAACAAUAGAGAUGUUCUAUCUCGGAAUUUUGCUGGAAAUCCGGAUAUCUGUCCACAGGCUAAGCAAAGGGCAACAAUAAAAUGGCUGCUGUCCAAAGCAUACAACAACAGAAUUCCAGACAAUGUCAUCGAGCCAUUUUAUAAAGAUCAUGAUAAUCAAGAGCAUUUAAAACCACCUAUAGUGCACUCGCUAGCUAAUGCUGAACUGUAUUGUUUGGCUCUUGGAAACAUAUAUUCUGACCCAAAUUAUCAUAAUCUCAAUCAUUGGGGUGUUAUUCAAGCAUUGAAUAAAAAAGGAGUCACUGUGAAUGAUCCUUCAGUCACAGAAACUGUUCUUAUUCAAACUACACCUUUAAAACUUAGCGCUCAUAUGGCAAUAAUGGAAGCUGUUAUGACGUUAUAUGCCAAAGAAGUAGCAACUCCCAAUAGAGUUAUGGCUGCUAUACAAAGACUGAAUCAUGUCCCUCAAAGAAAAACAAUCGUUAUGCCUGAAGAUUAUGAAAGAGCUAUAUUAGUUUGGGUUAAUCGUACUGUUGAAGCACUACAACAUCGCAUUGAAAAUUUACAAGGAAAUUCAUCUGUUCCUGAUAUUACACCUGUAAAUGAUUUUCAUGAAGUUAGUGAUGGAGCUGCUAUAGCAGCUUUAAUAUCAUUUUAUUGUCCAGAUGAGUUACCUUGGCAACACAUAACAAGUUCUAAAGCUCCAACAUCAUCAGACUGCAUAAAAAAUUUUAGCCUUAUUAAUGAAUUUUGCGAUAAUAGUUUACCAUUUAGUAUUUUUCACAUGAGACCACAAGAUGUAUAUUACAUUAGAGGAUCAAUGAAAGUUAAUUUAAUCGCCUUUUUUGCUGACUUAUUUAAUGUAUUGGAAAUUCAUCCUGCUAAAUGUGUUAGUUUCAAUCAAGGUAGCAGUGAAUUAGCUGAUGCUUAUCCAAGAAAUAGUCAAGGUGUUGCACAUAAACGCUUAUUACCUCAAGCAAUUUCUAUUAUACCUGAUCUCCGAAGUAAUUUGGACUCGCAUUCGACAGGGUUUACAGGCACAGCACACAAUACCAUUAAAAAAGUUUCCAAUGUAGCAUCACCAUUAAUAGAAGUAAAAAAGAAUGGGCGUGUCAAUAAUGAGGAACAAUUUGUUGUGCAUCGCAACCGAUCAGUGCUUACAUUAAAUUCUAUGUUGAAUUCAAGUAAUGGUGAAGCUAGUAAUGAUAUGGCUGCUGGAAAGCCAACCCAUUGGGAGGACACUAGAAAACAGAGUUAUGCUGGUAGAAGAUCAAGGAGAAAUUCAUUCUCUGAAGAUUCACAGUUAACUGUUGAAAAUUUUGGUGGAUCUCAGGAUAACUUGCACUUUAUUGGUCGAAAUCCUGAUAAAGAACCUGCAGUUCAUGUAGUACAUAGAGAUAGCAUUACUAAUAAAAUUACUAAUUCAUAUAAUCAAGAAAAUGACAGUUCAGGUGUACAAAAUUUACUACAGCAUUCUAAUACUAGUCCAGCAAUGUCACGGGUUUCAAGUGAUGCAUCUAAUAAUAGUCAAGGUCUCCAGCGAAUGCUCUAUGAUAGUUUUGAUGAUGUUGAGUCAGUUAUUCAUCAACCAAUGCCUACUCUUAAACGCAGUUUAUCAUAUGUUGACACAACUCAAUCAAAUCAUCCUUCUAGUACUACUACUUGGUUACAACAGAGUUCUUCGUCAGCAGCUCAUAGUGAACAUGGUGAUGACUCUGAAAGCGAUGGUUCUAUUAUGAGUUCACAAUUACUCAAUUUAAAAUUAAAACUUGAAGAAAAAAGACGACAGAUUGAAAAUGACAAACGUAAAAUUAAAUCAUUAAUGAAUCAACAAAAACAGCAAGUUGGAAAGGCUGCAUUUUUACAAGCAGUUGCUAGAGGUAAAAAUGGUGGAAGAAAUCUUCAAAGUCCUGAUUCAAAUUAUAGCAGAAUCAUGUAUGAUGGAAAUAUUUCACCUUCUUCUGUUAAAACUGCUCAGCAUUCCUUUUCUUUUCAAGACAAUGGCUUAGAAAGUAAAUGGUCGGACCGUAUGAGUAGUCCAUUUCAAGAUGAACAUAAAACUCCAGACCUAGAUCAUAUUAAUAUUGAAGAAUACAAUGCUCUUUCUGAAAUACAUUCAAAUUACCAAGAACUGCAAGCUGAUCUUCAAAGUCUUACCAACCAACAAAGUCAACUUCAACAUAAUAGUUUGCAAGCAGAAAUGAUGCAGCAUUAUCCAGGGAUGCAGGCAGUUCAUCAAGUCUAUCAAAACUCUCAUUCAAUACAGCAGCCACAAAAUUAUAUGAUCAAUCGUCAACAAAUAACAAAUGGACAAAUAAUUCAACAUUUAGAUCAUAACAAUUCAGAAAAUAUAGGUAGUCAUCAAUGGCGCAGUUUAAUGAAUCAUAGUCAACCACCAAUAAAUAUGUAUAAUAAUUACAAUCAAUCUCAAUUCCAACAUCAACAGCAAUAUAUUAAUCAGAUACCACAUAUAGCUUCUAAUACAAUACCUAACACCAAUGUUUAUUCAUCAGUAAAUAACCAUUAUGUGACUCAAGAAUCUUUUGAUCAAAUGGGUACAAUUAAACAAGAACCUCAGUCACAACAAUUUUUUUUGCAUAACAAUCAUCAAGAGUCUCAACAAAAAAUUCGAAAAAGUUGGGAAAUAUCAUCAACAACACAACCUCAAACUUUUACUCAAGAACCUCAAAAUAUUUGGAAUGGCAGUCGAACAGUGCCAAAGUCAUCACAGCCAUCUUCUCUAAGUAGUUCUCCUCGUCAAAAGUCUGAAUUUACAAUGUUUAGUAGAUCUGGUGUGAAAACAAGUCCUUCUUCACCAGUUCCUCCGCCUCGUCGUAAUUCAAAUCAUGUAGUUAACCAUGCACCAUUACCCACCCCAUCUAUUGAUGAUAUGCAACCACAGAGUAUUUCUUUUAUAGCCGGUAACAAUACACCAAAGAAAAAUCACGAUCUUUGUGAAAGCCUUAAUAGAAUUCAAAUUACUUCUGGACAUAAGACCUAUAGAAUACCAUCUCCCACCAAAUUACAUAUGCCCAUCAAUCAAAAUUCAUUUAAUGGAAAUGAUAAUCAAUCUUCAUCUAAACCUAGUCAAGAUACAAAUACUAACACUGAUAAAGGAUUUUAUGUAUCAUUUGAAGAUGAAGAUGCACCUAAAAGACCAAAACCUCCACUUAGAACCAAGAAAAUUAUGUCUAAGGAGCGAAAUUUAACUCAAACUGUAAACAAUUCUGUAUCUUUAAGUAAUUUAGACAUUUCACCUAAACCUGUUACACUAUCAUCAUUAAACAAUCCUAAACCAAAAAGUUUGUCUACUCCUGCUAAAACUAUAUUAGAAACAACUGUUAUUCAAAACUCAAAUCAUUAUGUCAAUCAACCUAAAACUUCUACUGGAAUGGAAUUAAUAAUUGAAAAUUCUAAACCAGAUCCAGUAACUAUUGAUGAAAUGGAAAAAAAGAAAGAGCGUAUACUUCUUUUAUCUUUACAAAGAAGGCAACAGCAAGAAGAAAUGAAAAAUAGAAAAGAAAUAGAAGCUCAAAAGAAAAAAGAAGAAGAAAAAAUUAAAGAAGAAAUAAAGCAGCGAAAAAAAGAAGAAGAAAAACAAAGAAGAGCUAUGAUAUUAGAACAACAUAGAGUGAAAAAAGCAAUUGAAGAAGCUGAAAGAGAAGGCAAAAUUAUUGAUAAAGAAUUGUUAAAUUCUUUGAAAAUUAACAAUAAUCAUUCAAUGGGUGGUCCACCAAGAUUACGAAGUAAAAUGCAAAGUGGACGACCUCGGCCAAAAACAAUACAUGUUGAUAGAAGUGAUACUACAGAUGGUACAUUAACACCAUCUCGCGGAAAAAAGGGAUCAAUUACAAAUUUAGCUGCCUUGAACUCACCAAUUAGGAGAGAUUAUUAUCGUGGAUCACAAGACUGCUUAGCUGAAACACGUCGCACAUCAUCAUCUUCUCUUUAUUCAGAUGUUAAUGAUGACAGCAAACUUACUACUCCACGAACAUUAGACCGGCAUGGAUCUUAUAAAAGCUCUAGAGAUUCUUCUUUGGACCGAACAAAACGUAAAACAAAUUUUGGAUACUACAAUAGUGCACCCCGUAAAUCAAAUUCUCUGAUGAAUUUGUAUGGUGGAUCAAGUUGUGAUCAAGAUAGUCUACUAUACCGUUAUGGUGAUACAGAUUCAGGAUUAGGACGUGCUACACCACCUAGAAGAGCAAUGUCACCAUCAGGUCCGGGAUCACUGCCUAUACGUCGUAAAUUUGAUGAUACUGCAAGUGAAGCUGGUAGUGACUAUAGUGGUCCUCGGCUUUACAAACAACCAGUGACUAAAUCCAAUCGAGGUAUUAUUUUAAACGCAGUUGAAUAUUGUGUUUUUCCGGGUGUAGUUAAUCGAGAAUCAAAAAAAAGGGUAUUAGAAGAAAUUAAUAGAUCUGAGGCCAGGCAUUUCCUUGUACUAUUUAGAGAUACAGGUUGUCAAUUUCGAGCACUUUAUCUUUACUAUCCAGAAACUGAAGAAGUGAUGAAAUUGUAUGGUACUGGACCACGGGUGGUCACUGAUCGUAUGUUUGACAAGUUUUUCAAGUAUAAUUCUGGUGGAAAAUGUUUUUCCCAAGUGCAUACAAAACAUUUGACUGUCACAAUCGAUGCUUUCACUAUACAUAAUAGCUUAUGGCAAGGUAAAAAAGUAAAUUACCCAAACAAAAAAGACAUGACGCUAGUCGUUUGAAAAAAACAAACAAUAAAUGGGUUUUCGCCCUAGUUAUGUAGAAGUAGUAAUAUUUAUAUAUAUUUAUAUAUUUGGUUUAUGCAUAUAUAUAUAAUAUAUAUAU